GCGCGUCGCGAAAAUUCGUGUUCCUGACUUUAUUUUUGUUCUAAAAACGUUGUUUUUGUUAGAGAGAGAGAGAACUUUACGUCUUCCAACUCAACUUUUUUAAAAAAAAUGUUGGGUGACGACGAGAACUCUGCAUCACUACCUUCCAGUUUCAAUGAAUUCAGCAGCACACAGGCUGCCCUAUUUGAAGGAGCUUCUUCACUCGGCGAUGCUGUUGGAUUGUUAGAAAGUGGAGACACCAUUAAGCAAUUGACCGAAGCAUGGAUGAAUGAACGGAAUGCACCCGAAUUACUUACCUAUAAAGGAUACCUCGUGAAUGAACUUGUCGAAGCACUUGAUUUCCAAGUAAAUCGUAUUUUAGAAACGCCAAUGACAACCCAUCAAGACAAACUAAAUUCCAUGUUAUACCAAAACGAAAUUGAACGGAUCAAAUUCAUUAUUAAAAGUUAUUUAAGAACAAGACUUCACAAGAUUGAAAAAUGUACAUUGGAUCUAUUACGGCAUCAGGAGAGUGAACAGUUGAUGUCUGACAAGGAACUUAUUUAUGCUCGAAAAUACCAACAACUUGUCGAACAACAUCAUUACGAUUCCUUCCUGAACACGCUACCAGAAAAACAACAUAAGCAGGAUGAAAAAACGGGUGAAUUAGAUAUGGUGGUAAAAUCCAAUCUUGAAGCACCUGUAUUUAUCAAAGUACUGGAUUGGUCUGGCAAUGUAGAAUUAGCAAAGGAUGAAAUGGUGUUGUUUGAAAAGGAUGAUAUUUUCAUCCUGCGUUAUGGUGAUGUUCGCUCCUUAUUAUUGGAUGGCAAUAUUCGACUAUUAUAGAUCAGAUCCCCAGUACAUCAAACCACCUACUACUCCAAUACAACAACAACACCAACACACAUUGACCCGCGAAUCGAUUUUUCACUACCCGCUCUUUUCCUUGUUACAUAACACAUGCGUCGCGCAAAGAAACAGGCAUUGUACAUAAAUAAAGAAACAACAACAAUUAAAGAAACCAGCGU